CUUUGGCAGUGUUUUGAUUAUAAGUUAAUCUCCUGAGAUACUAUGACUGCAUUAAAUGGUUAAUGGGUACCUUAACACGUGUCCAAAGGACAAUCAGUCUCUGAUCAUAUAAAAUCUGUGCAAAGAGAAGGGCAAAUUGUUCAACCAGAGCAUGCUGAGACUAAGAGCAAGGAUGUCCAAGAACCUCUUCUCAUUUGUCCGCUUGUUUGUGUUGUUACUUGGCUUUGUAACUAUUUGUUUAGGAGCCUUUUGCAUCUCUACAAAUGCCUCUGCAUGUAAGUGCAACAGUUUGCCGCUUGCAUAUUUUCUUCUACCAUUAGGAUUCUUUCUUCUCAUUGCUGGGAUCUUCUGGAGCACCUAUCAUGAAGCCAGCAAGCACAACAGCUUGUUCCACAGCAUUAUACAUGGGAGUCCUAGACUUCAAGAAAGUCACAUCACGACCAUAGAUAGGCCUGAUUUCUACCCGCCCUCUUAUGAAGCCAGCACUGCUCUGGGAAAGCAGACUUUCUCACUGCCAGCCUGCUCACUGGAGCCGAAGAGCUAUGCUUAUAACAUACCUCCACCUUUGUACACAGAAAGCCGCUUUGAAUUCAUUGAAGAAAUUGGUGCUCAGGAACAGCAGCCACCUUCCUAUGAAGCCUCUGUGCAGCAACAAGCCACAGGGAAUGACCCAACAUUUGGAGAGGCUUCUCACACACUUCAACCAUAG